AUGAUCCCUGUGAGGCUGAAGUACUUCGAGGAGGGUCCGUCGUGGACGGAAAGACGCCCCUCAUCUGCGGCAGAGGCGACAGGAACAUCAACAGGGGGGACGGCGCCCGCAUCAUUGGCAAAGGCCUUCUCAGUGAGCACUAUUGACCUCAGCGGGGGGAUCUCGUCGGUUGGAGAGAUGGAGAGUUUCAACAACGCCCUUGCCGCCUCGUCGCCGUCGUUUGUUUUUGUCCACAACGCCACGCUGGUGGCGCGGCAGCAGAUGAUGCAGUCAUCUUAUGUGCGCAAGAUGUACGGUAUUACGGAACUCGUUCGCUAUGAGCCGCGGGAGGGGGCCGAGAAGGGCAGCCUUGCGCUCGUGCGCGUCGGCGUGGUCUGCGAGAGCGCCGAUAGCGCUGUCAAAUUGCUGGACAGCAGCCUGGGCGGCGGUGGGUGUGUCCGCUUCUUCAUGAUGCUGCAGGUACGCUCGUUUGCGGGUGCCUCAAUGACGGUCUCCGCGGUCUACAUUGACCCUGCCGCCAUGCUUUGGCAACGCGUGGCAGUUCUCACGCACCUUUUCCCGCAGCUUGUGAACGCAGAUCUUGUUCUACUCGUCUCAAACCUGUUUUUGUCGCAGACGGGUGCGUUGAGUUUGGAAACGAGUGCGGAACUGCAUGCCGUGUGCACCGCGAAGGGGUUCAGCGAUGCCGCGGAGGAGUCGGUGGAGAAAAACAGCGGCGGCCACGGGGGCGUCGGGCAGCAGGAGUGGUCCGUGUGGGUGAAGUCUUCGAAAUUUGCCGCGACGCAUCUCACUCACGAGGCGCUGUUACCGACGGCGGCAGGAGCAAAGGCAUCGGCAGGCAUCACCACCGUCACACUCUCAUGCCGCUGUGCGGCGGCGAUUACCAUCCCGCAGCCACGCAGCGCGAAAAGUGCGAACUCGCGUGGCUCGCCGGCGUCGACGGCCACGCCAGCAAUCAUGACAGACCCCGCCAUUCUUAGCGCGGAAGCGGCGGGGAAAGGCGUCACGACGGCAGCAAAGGGCGGGGGGAGCGUCAUCAUUGAACGGCUUUUGCAGCAACAACAACAACAACAACAGCAACAGCAGCAGCAGGCUGUGCCACGGUGGCGGACCUCGCACUCAUAUACGUUGAAGAACAAUGAGAAGUUAAACAGUCAUGAACUCGCAUUUGAUGUUUCUGCACACUUUGCGUCUGUGCCGGAGGUGGUAGAGGCGCUGAACAACAGGUCGAUUUACUGGCCCGCAGAAUACUGCGUGGCGCACAAUGUCAUUCUUGCAAGCGACAAUGUUGGUCCAGGAGAUAAACGCGUCAUGCUUCGUCGCUACGCCCGAGAAUACAAGAACAGCGCGGCGCUGUUGUCGCAGAUGUUUUUGCAUGCUGGGAGCAUUCAUUGCAGCCCCAACACCGGGGCAAAUGUUCAUAGUGCUUCUCAAGAAGUGGCCACGGAGAAGUCGCCUUGGCUGAAACGCGUUGUUGCCAUGUCAAACCAUACAAAGAAUGAAAGCAAUGGUGAAGAUACCCCCUCACUUCCUUCCGUCUCACGCGCUGUUAAGCGUGAGGAGGAGUUGCGGAGUCGCAUCUGGGAUGCAUCAUGGUGUACCGUCAUUUAUCAAGUGACCCCGCGUGAGAUGAAGUUCAACAUCACCUCGGUUGUUGGAAUUGGAAAGGACAACCUUAACGAAGCCAUCCAGUGGCUCAACUUGCGUUCACAACCCAAGGCAAAAGCUCCGCACGGGAAAGAGAAUCCUUUGCAGAACUACGCAUACGAUUACGCUCUUCUCUUCUCCACGGAACACCAGGGUUACUAUCUUAUCGCGGCUACUCACGUUCCAUGUGACAUUGUGGCUUGUCGUGCAGCUGCGUGA